AGGUGGUCUGCUAUUGGCUUUAUGUGCCAUUCUGGUGUUCCAUAUGGCACUGGGGUGCCCUGACAUCUGCACGUGCCAGACCUCUUCAAGGACUGUCGACUGUAGCUACAGAGGACUUCUUGAAAUACCAAGUCACUUACCAUUACAAACACAAAUUCUCUAUUUGCAGGGGAACCAAAUACGUGCUAUAAACCACACAUCUUUUACUUACGUUGUAAGCCUGAGGAUAUUAGACUUGUCUAAUAACUCAAUCUCAAGAGUGCCGCCAUAUGCCUUCCAUUUCCUUCGCUCACUGCAAGUCCUGAAUCUCACCAAUAACCUCAUAUAUCACCUUGAAGGCCAAGUGUUCACACCUCUUAUGGCUCUAAAGGAACUGGAUUUGUCUUAUAAUAACCUCAGUGCUUUACCAGAAUCUUUAGGAAACAACACUCGGAACCUGACCUUCUUAGGAGUAAGAAAUAACCAACUGCAAAACGUUGACCGUGUGGUCCUGGAGACCUUCACCAAUCUGAAAGUUCUGCUUGCAAGGUCCAACUUCUGGCAAUGCAACUGCCCUGCUCUGGGCCUAAAGCUCUGGCUGGAGAAUUUUUUAUAUAAAGGAGGGAUUAUUGACGAGCUAAUAUGCAGUGGCCCUGCAAUUCGAAAGGGGAAUGAUCUCCUGAAGAUCCCUUAUGAGAUGUUUAAGACUUGUACUCCACUGACUGCUCCACCCGUUAUGGCAAAUAUUCACCAUCACAGCCCCGAGCACAGGAGUAAUGGCAAACAUGGACACCACACUGAUCAUAUAGAUGGCAGUCACCACGAAUGCGAACCAAAGCCCAAACCCCGUCCGGUGAGCUUGAGACAUGCCAUAGCCACUGUUGUCAUCACUGGUGUGGUUUGUGGGAUUGUAUGCCUAAUGAUGUUGGCAGCAGCCAUCUAUGGUUGUGCCUAUGCUGCCAUUAUGGCAAAAUACCACAGGGAGCUUAAGGAAGUGGAACGCUUAGCUCCUGUAGCAGAACAUGGCAGUCCGGAGGAAAAGGAGCCACUUGAUGGCACUUUAGCUUGA